AUUUACUCAAAAUGUCCGACGACAGCGACGCCGAAUCUUCCGCAAGCGAGGACAUUGCAACUACCGGCCUCAUUGCUACGCGCGCCAAACGAUCGACUGCAGGCAACCUGUACCACUCCCUCAUCCAACCCAACCUCGACGAUGAUGCGCUUCGAAACGAGCUGCUGGAGGACGAGGAAGGCGACGAGGGCGAGUUUGAAGGAUCCGACAAAGAUACCGAUGAUGCGCUCUCCUCAUCCGACGACGACGAGGAUGCUGGGCCACCGCAAGAAGGCGACAAGGAGGAUUUGGCGGGCGAAAGGGAGCUGAAAAGACAGGAACGGGAGCAGCUGAAGCAGGCGCGACAGAAGCGUAAGAUGGAAGAGGCCAAGAUGCGCAUAUCGACGCGAUUCCAGCCGAAGAAGAAGAAGGUCAAGCUGGCAGACGAUGUCAAGACUGAAGAUGGCGCCAGUACGCCAGGUCCUUCAAAGUCCAACAAGAAGAAGAAGAGCGAGCGCCAGGACUGGCGUCCCACUGAAGCCGAAAUGCCCGUCCGUCAGUCCACUCGAAGCACGGCGGUCGCGAACCGCGAGAUGGUGCAUUCGAAUCUCGUCGAAAGCAUCAAGAGGAGCGAGAAGCAGAAGAAGAUUAUGGCCAAUGCUGCAAAGAGGGAAAAGGCCAAUGCACGCUCCGACCUGACGCAAGAGGAGCGCUUCGCAAAGGCUGCCAAGAUUGAGAAGGAGACAGCGAAAGAGUUUGGCAAAUUGCAGAGGGAAGAGGCGGAGAGACAGCGUUUGCGAGAGGAGGCCUUGGCUGCGAAGCGGAGGCGAGUUAUUGACGGACCUGUCAUCAGACACUGGAGUGGCAGUGUGUUGUGGGAGGGGGACAAGAUCAAGCUCAAUCGCCUGCACGGGAGUCAGAAGAUUGAAGAGAUCAAGGAUGGGCCAGAUAUUGACGGAGGCGAGGUCGAGGACACAAGCUCUACCAAGUCCACGGCGUAUGCAACAACCAGUGGAACUCCCGUUCCGCCCAGUGUUCCAGCGACACCUGGUUUUGCUGGCAGUCGAUCUUUACAACCCAUCAUUAUGGCACCACAGCCACAGCCGCACCCACCAGCGCCGCCUGCUGUCGGCCCAUCUUCAUGGCUCGACGGCAUCUACGAAUACGCCAGUGGUUCGGGAACGUCAACACCGGGCCAGCCUCCACUCUAUACACCCAGCACGCCCGCAAUUCACACUCCAUUGCAAGCGCCGAACAGCCUCACAACUCAAACUUCCUCGGAUGUUCACAUACUCAAUCAGCCUACCACGUAUCAUGUCUUACCACCGCAUACUCACAGCUUCAGCCAAUUCCAGCUCAACGCUCCUAUGCCUCAGACACCACCUACUCCCGCUGUCCCCCUGAUCAAGCAACAAGCACAGCGUUCUCUAGUCAUGCUCGACGCGUUCGAAAAGCUCGAAGUGCCCACAACUACCAAACGAAGCUCAUCAAAAUCCACCAGAGAUGCAGCUCUCGAGCCUACACCCGUCGCCUCUAUUCUGCUGCCGCUCUCUUACCCAUCCCUCACUCCUGACGAGGCGCGCUACCUCACUCAUCGGAAACGCGCAACAGCAAAGGAUCCCCUUCCACCACCGCCAGCCAAAGCACGGUGCUCGCUGACACCGUUCUUCGCCAAGUUCCGAGAUCCAGAUACCGGUAUUCCCUAUGCCGGACUUGCAGAGUACAGAGCCAUCAAGCGACUGUUGGUAGGUGGCUAUCAGUGGAGUUCUCUUCUCGGCGCCUGGGUAGGCCCGACGUAUAGAACGAUCGGGAGACCUGCGAACGGCGUACCCGAGGGUUUUGCGCAAUCUGUAGGUUUGAAGGGCAAGGGCAAGCAGACCGAGGAAAGGGUAUAGAUGUAGGUCGAGAAUAUAAUACUACUCUUCUGCUUUA